CGGCAUUCUUGCAAUUAUGAGGUAUUAAAGUGUAUUGUUGGGUCACCUCAAAGGAAGAGAAAGGGAUAGUUGUGUUUUUCCUAACCCUAACCCCAGACAUAAAUAUUAAAAGACGAAAAACAUCCUCUGACCUGAUGAUGAGGAGCAAUAAUAAGGAGCAGGCCAGAUCAUCCAGAAGUUAUAUAUAGCUCAGUCGCGGGGAAAUUUCGCGGGAAAGGGGAAACUAAAAUUAGUAAAUAUGGCUUCCAAAAACAAGUCGUCAGUAUCAGACAUAUCUGAGUAUAGAUGUAGUAUAUGUCUGCAACUUCUCGUUGAACCAGUUGUUUUGCCAUGUAAACAUGAAAUGUGUAGAUCUUGCUUUUGUCAAAAUGUGGAAGAAGGGAAUUUCUUAUGUCCUAUAUGUAGAAAACGUGUUUCAACUUGGGCACGGAAGUGCAUCAGAGAAGGAACAUUAAUCGAUGAGAAAAGGUGGAAUCUCAUCCAAGAGCUUUUUCCUCGCCGUUGCCUAAAAAGAUUACAGGGCGACGACGACGAAACUGAUGACGAAUCAGAUCAACCACCAACAAAACGAGUUUUGGCAAAGUCUGGCGAGUUAAGAAAAGAAUAUGAACAGGAAAUGAACAAGGUACUACAGUUGCAAAAAGAAGAGGAACAGGCAAGCCAUAACCUUAUUAAUAAUCUUAUCAAAGAGGAAAAAGCUCUACUACAACAGGAAAAAGAGGAUGAACAGCUGGCAAAAAAACUGAAUGAAGAAUUAAAAAACACAAAGGAGGAUGAUGACGUUAUUUCAAAUUUAAGAAAAAAUUCAGAUGACACUUCAAAGAUGAAAUCCAAAGAUUUGAAAAGAAAAAAAGUAAACAGUAAACGGCAAGGAAAAUCCUAUACUUUAGAUAAAUACUUCUCAAACAACAAUCAUUCAGGAAAUUCGCCACCAAGUGAACCACGGCAUAACAGUGACUUUGAAUUUGCAAUGGCAUUGCAGAAGAAAUUUGACAAGGAAGCAUUAGUUCUUAAUAGUAAAAGAGAAGAUUACAUGUUGCGAAAAACAACAGGAAAUCAUAAGAACAGGGCAACACAAAAUUCACAUGAAAGUGAAUCAUACAAACAAAAAAACGGACACACGUGUACUCACCAAGCACGGCUCGGAGAGGAUGCGUUGUAUGUCAAAGUGAAGAACCCGGUAUUAGACGAGGAGGAAAUCAAGGUAGCUGACCAACAGAGCAAGGAACCGCGAAUUUUGCGCGAGCGUAAAAAAAUUGAAGACACUAUGAACUAGGUGAAAGAAAGGAAUCAUCAGCUGAAUGACAGAAUGCCACUUAGUGGCAGAGAAUCAACAAUGGCAACCUUUGUGGAGUGGAAAAACUGAACACCCGUGAUUAUUAGUAUUCUUCUUUUAAAGCAAACUGUGGACAAUAUCACGGAAUUGAAAAGAGUCUUGAGUUGGGUUGGUCACAGGAACAAGGCAAUAAAAUGCAAUAAAAUGCAAAGUUGUUAAGAGAAUUUUAUACGAGAAGAGAAUAUACAGAAUUUUAUUAGAGUUAUCUGCCUGUAUUUUUAGUACAGUAAGUAUAAUAAAA